UGAGCAGCGCCAGAGUCGGUCUACAGUGGAUGCCAUCUCCCUGGCCCUACACAGCUCUGGAGCAUCUGGACAGGAUGUCAGAAGAUGAGGCCUUACGUUUAGGAAAUUCAGGCUAAACAUUACGUAAACAUCUGACAAUAACUGGAUUAAUCAGAAUCUGAUUACUAUUGGUACUGAAUAUGAAAGAAAAAACGUUUGCUUUGUCAGUGAGAAAAGGUUUCAAACAUCAUUGUGACUAGAACAGCAUCAAGACAGAAACUCAAAUGGUCAGUUGACUGACUAUGCAAAAAACUUCAACCUGUCACACAGUCUGAAAUACACUUGGAGAAGUAGAGUAUGUUCUGUGUGUGAACAAGGCUUCAAUCCGGAAAGAGGAGUGUGUGCAUCUAUGGAAAAACCAUGUAUUUGUCGCGACUGUGGCAAGGGAUUCAAUUAUCCAUCCCAGUUGGAAAAUCAUCGACGUAGUCACACUGGGGAGAAACCAUUCACCUGCACCAUGUGUGGGAAGGGAUUCACACAGUCAUUUUGCCUCCAGUCACAUCAACGAGUUCACACUGAUGAGAGACCAUUUAGUUGCUCUCAUUGUGAGAAGAGGUUCAGGUGUUCAUCCAACCUUAUCCAACACCUGCGAGUUCACACCGGAGAGAAGCCAUUCACUUGUUCUGUAUGUUCGAAGGGGUUCAGUCAAUCGUCCACUCUGCUGACGCACCAGAGAGUUCACACUGGGGAGAGGCCAUUUACCUGUUCCAUGUGCGAGAAGGGGUUCACCAAUACAUCCCACCUUCUGAAACAUUUGCGAGUUCAUACAGGAGAAAAACCGUUCACCUGCUCUGUGUGUGGAAAGGGAUUUGCUCAGUCAUCCACCCUGCUGAGACACCAGCGAGUUCAUAAAUGACUGUGAUUCUGUUAUUAGUACUACUAUUAAUCACAUUUGGGACUAAAUUACAUUCAUUCUGCCAAUCAGAGAUUUCUUUUCCCCAUAUAACGGGCUGGCUUUUGACACUUUGUAUAUAUAGCUCAUUGACUUGUUGAGACUGCAAUAACCUUGAAGGAUCACUUCCUGGGACAUUUCUUAACUUAAGGAUUCUCAACAGAAAUUUAAUUGCAAUAAAAUUGUGAGCUUUUACUUCAUGACUAAAAUUUCAUCAACUUAAAAUUGUAGAUUUUCUUCUAAAGAUCAACUUGAAGGUCCUAAAGAUCAAAAUCUCCAAUCAAAAAUUGUCAAUUAAUCCUUGUUGACAGUUCUUACUGAGGACAUUACAUAGAUGAUCAACCUCAGAAUCCACCAGAAAGAAGGAUAAUGUGAAUUGCUGAUUUUGGGGUCUCCAAAUAUGCUUCUCUCAUUUGUUGAAGGAUUCUUCUUUGCAAAGGUUGAGGUUGAUCAUUCUGACCCUGGAGGGUAGGCUUAUAUCGGGCAGGAAGAGAUUGGUUAUGCAGGUAGCCUCAUGAUUUAAGUCAGAAUCAGGUAGCAGGUAUCAGGUGCAGGCUUGCUCUAGACAGAGUAAGUGUUGAGGCUAUCACUCUGACCAGUCGAAGGUUAGAAGCAGUGUUCCACAGAGAUUUGUGCUGUGACCACUCAUUCAAUAUUUAACAAUCAGAUAAUACAAAGUCAAAAUUUGGCUUGCCUCCAAAUUGGGACAUAGUUAACAAUGAGGAAGGCUACAAUUGCAUUCAGUUGUAUUCAUGUUGGAAUGCAAGAAACAAAAGUAGCAGGCCUAUUCUGCCAUUCUGUUGGGUGAUGGCUAGUCUUUUACCUUGUAUGACUUUCCAGUACUGACUGCAUAUCUGUUGAUUUCUUUUAAUGACUAAAAGUUUGUGUAUCUCUAUCUUAAAUAUGCUCAUCAAGUGAGCCUUCAUACCUCUGCAGGGAAGGGGAUGACAAAGACUCACUAUCGUCUUGGUGAAGAAGUUUCUUCUCAACUCAGUCCUGAAUGGUGAUCUCUUAUUAUGAUACUGUAAACCAAACCCCACCCCUCCACUUUCCCCUACCUCGGUUUUGGACACUCUAGCCAGAGGAAACAUCAUCCCUGCAUCUUCCAUUCUAAAGUCCAUAAGAAUUUUAUGUAUUCAUUUUUCAUUCUUCUAAACUCCAGAGAGUUGGGACCCAUUCUGCUUAAUCUCUCCUCACUGGACAAUUUCCUUCCAUCAACCUCCCUGUGCCGCUUCCUCAAAGGCACUAACAAAGCUGGUGAACCUUCAUUGCAACUCCAUUCUUCCCUUAGGCAGUGAGAAGUCACCUGUGCAUAUCCCAGGAGUGCUAUCUCAAGCAUUAUGUAAUUGCAAUAAUACAUCUUUAUCCUUGAACUCAAACCUUCUUGCAAUAAGGACCUUCCAUAUUGCUCGUUGCAACUGUAUGUUAAUUUUAGUUCAUUUGUGUACAAGGACAACUAGAGCCCUCUGAAUACCAACACCUUGCCACCUCUCACCAUUUAAAACAUAACCUGCCUUACUAUUCUUUCUACCAAAGCGGAUGAAUUCACAGUUUUCCACUUAAUAAUUUCAUCUGCCAUCUUCACCAAGCUUAUUUUUAUCCCCUUAAAGCCUCUCUGCUUCUUUUACUCUAAUCUCACAGCUAUCUAGCUUUGCAUUGUCAUGCAUUAAGUAAAUAACAGCAGUAAUUUUUAAUUUACUUUGAAUGUAUAGAACAAUAUGAACAGCAAAACUUAUUAACAUCUGCCUAUUUAAGAAGUGGCAGAUUCUUGUAAGAGAUGUGGGUGAGAUAUUAGUACUGUUGUCCAAUUCUUCAACCAUAGUGACAUUGAAUUCAGCAACUUCACAGCCAAUCCUUGUUAUUAUUUAACAAAUUGAUGUGAGGGAACUUUUGUGAAUUAUAGGAGUCAUCGUCUUGGUAUACUCAAUUCUUUUUCUAAGUGUGCCAAACAGAAGAAAUAUUAUGUUCUUUUGAUUUCUGUUUCUGACAACAGGAAACAAGAAAAGAUGAAGCAGAGAAAGGGAACCAAGGAUGAAUGCAAGAUUAAUAACGCAAGAGAGUCAGGAUACGGAAAGAAUAGAGAAGAGGGCCCAAGCACGCAGGCGCAAUGUUGGAGCGGGCGUGGAGCAUGCGCCGUGGGAAGCUGGCUUUUCAAUGGAGGUGGGGCAGGCGCUUCAGUCGCGGUUGAGGUAGGAACCAUACUGAUUUGUGAGUGGACUUCAAUUUAUUGCUGAAAGUGAGGCAAGGACACCUAAACCAUGGAGAAACCGUGGAAAUGUGGGGAUUGUGGGAAAGGAUUCAGUUACCCGUCCAAGCUGGAAACCCAUCGACGCUGCCAUACUGGGGAGAGGCCAUUCAUUUGCUCUGCGUGUGGAAGGGGUUUCAGUCUGUCUUCCAACCUCCAGAUUCACCAACGCAUUCACAGUGGGGAGAGACCAUUCACAUGCCUUGAAUGUGGGAAGGGUUUUACGACUUUAUCCAACUUGGUGAAACACCAGCGCAUUCACACAGAUAAAAGACCCUUCAAAUGUUCUGACUGUGAAAAGAGCUUUAAAAGCAGAAAUGAACUUCUGACUCACCAACGCACUCACACUGGGGAGAAACCAUUCACUUGCACCCUCUGUGAAAAGGGCUUCACGCAGUUAUCACACCUCCUACGACACCAGCGAGUUCACUCUGGGGAGAGGCCAUUCACCUGCUCCAUGUGUGAAAAGGGAUUUACUAAUUCAUCCGAGCUUCUGCGACAUCAGCGAAUUCACACAGGAGAGAGGCCCUUCACCUGCUCAGUUUGUGGGAAGGGAUUUACUCGAUCCUUUACCCUCUUGACACACCAACGAGUACAUGUUUGACUGCAGAUUCUGCUGUUGAUUGUAUAUGAAUUUAACUGUUUAUUCUUUCAGU